AUGGAAAAGACAAUUGUUUAUUGCAAGUCUAUAAAGGACUGUGGCAGACUUUUUAUGCAUUUUAAAGUGAAUUUGGGAAAUGACAGCUUUCACAAGAAUAAAGUACAUUCAAAAAACCUUCUGUUUGCAAUGUACCAUCAUUCAACCCUCUCCAAAAACCAAUCUCAAGUGUUAGAUUCAUUCCUUGAUGAAGAGGGAACUUGCAGGUUGAUUUUUGCCACAAAUGCAUUAGGGAUGGGAGUAAAUUUUCCAAAUGUGAGGCACAUUAUACUCUAUGGUCCACCUAGAGAAAUGGAGGAACUGGUACAGCAAGUAGGACGUGCUGGAAGAGACUGGGAACCUGCGACAGCAUUAUUAAUGUUCAAUGGACAGAAAACAAGGAACUGUGAUCAGCAAAUUAAGAACCUCUGCAAUGACACUGGCUGUUUGAGGGAAAUGAUGCUGGCUGACUUCGAUGUAAGUAACUUUCCCAACUUCAAAACCCACAAAUGCUGCAUAAAUUGUCACAUGGAGUGUUUAUGUGACAAGGGUAAACUAUGCAGGGAACCUUUACCUGUUAUCAAUCUGAAUGAAGGUGAAGAAAAACCUGUCAUGACAAGAGAAGUAAGUCACAAUGAAAUGGAGGUUCUUCGAGAGAUUCUUGAAGAUUAUAAAGAAGAAUUCUCAACAGAAUUUAAAUGUUUCCUUGGCGUUGAUGGACGCAAUUUGUUUGUUGAUGCUCUAACAAAGAAGGUAUUAAAGCAUUGCAAGUUCAUCUUUGAUAAAGCUUAUAUCUUGGAAAACUUACCUGUAUUUACAAACAGUCAAGCAAUGGAUAUUCUUUGUAUGAUGAAUGAUGUGUUUCAAGAUGUGGACAAAGGUGAAAUCGAUAUUGAUCAAUGCGCUCGGCUAAAUACAGCACUAAACAUGUCUGUCGAUGAGCUAGAUAUAAGUACAUUUUUAGAGGAACUUAGUGAUGACUAUGAAAUGUCAUCUGAUGAUAAUUCAGAGUAA